AUGGCAAAUACCGCUCAUUUAGUACGCAGACAAAGUUCACGUGAUUUAAAACCACAAAAAAGUGUUGAUCGACUUGAAAUGAAAGAAAUGCGUGGGAGACUGGUGGUCGAUAAUCGCAAAAAUCCAACAACUAAUUAUGGAACCGCAAACCCAGGAUUCGAUGACUCAAGUCCUAAUACCAAGGCUAAAAAAACCAAUGUAAGUGGGAAUAAUAAUUUGAAUGUAAGUAGUAGUAUAGUUGAAAGUGGAGCAGCUAAAAUGCCGACUGGUAGUAGUGAAGGUAAAGGAAUAUUUCGUCCUGAAGCGGGCGAGGAUGAGCGAGAAAAUUGGGAUAGUAAAUUAACAUUCUUAUUGGCAACUGUUGGAUAUGCUGUUGGAUUGGGAAAUGUUUGGAGAUUUCCAUAUCUUGCACAAAAAAACGGUGGUGGGGCAUUUUUAAUACCUUAUUUUGUGAUGCUGGCAAUCGAGGGUAUACCGAUUUUUUAUUUGGAACUUGCUAUUGGACAGCGAUUAAGAAAAGGAGCUAUCGGGGUUUGGAAUCAGGUAUCGCCGUAUCUUGGAGGAAUAGGAAUAAGUAGUGCUGUUGUAUCUUUUAAUGUCGCACUCUAUUACAACACAAUAAUUGCCUGGUGCCUUUUCUAUUUUGUUCAAAGUUUUCAGUCGGAAUUACCGUGGUCAGAAUGCCCGAAUAAAUAUUUUCAAAAUGGAUCAUACGCUCCAGAACCUGAGUGUCAGGAAAGCAGUCCUACGCAAUAUUUUUGGUAUCGUACAACACUGAUGAUUUCAAAGGACAUAAAUACUCCAGAAGUAUUCAAUUGGAAAAUAGCUCUGGCACUCGUUAUUGCUUGGAUUUUAGUUUAUAUGUGUAUGAUAAAAGGAAUAGCAUCAUCUGGAAAAGUUGUUUACGUAACAGCGACUUUUCCAUAUCUUGUAUUAAUAAUAUUCUUCUUCCGCGGUGUCACAUUACCAGGAAUGUCGGAUGGUCUCCGUCACUUGUUUACACCAAAGUGGUAUACAUUAACAGAUCCGGUUGUGUGGCUCGAAGCAGGAACACAAAUAUUUUUUUCUCUUGGUUUAGCUUUUGGUGGACUGAUAGCAUUCUCUUCAUACAAUCCUGUUAACAAUAAUUGCUAUCGUGAUGCAAUAAUGGUCAGCUUGACAAAUUGUUUUACUUCAAUGUUCGCUGGGAUCGUCGUGUUUUCAAUUAUCGGUUUCAAAGCAACGAUGGUUUAUGAAAAAUGUCUAGCCGAAAGAAAUUUAACUUUAAUAAAUAUAUUCGGACAUCCGGAAAAAAUUCCCAUUGAAAUUCCACCAGCUGGUACAUUAUUAAAUUUUACAAAUGGUAAUAAUAGUGUUGAUAACAUUAUCAUGCCUGAAAUUGCCGAGUGUGACUUACAAAAAGAAUUAGAUAACUCUGCAUCAGGAACAGGUUUAGCAUUUAUUAUUUUUACGGAGGCAAUCAAUCAAUUUCCCGGUGCUCAAUUCUGGUCAGUAUUAUUCUUUCUGAUGCUUUUUACACUCGGUAUUGAUUCGCAAUUCGGGACAUUGGAGGGUGUUGUAACGAGUAUAGUUGAUAUGAAACUUUUUCCGAACUUACGUAAAGAAAUUUUAACUGGUGUAAUAUGUUUAGUAUGUUGUAUAAUUUCAAUGGCCUUUGCUCACGGAGCUGGAAGUUAUGUAUUUGUCUUAUUUGACAAUUUUAGUGGUAAUUUUCCAUUAUUGAUAAUAGCCUUAUUUGAAUGUAUCGGAGUAUCUUAUGUCUAUGGAUUAAGACGAUUUGCUGAUGAUAUUGAAUUGAUGACGGGAAAUAGACCAGGAUUGUAUUGGUUAAUUUGCUGGAAAUAUUUAAGUCCAUUGGCAAUGUUAACUAUUUUAGUAGCUUCAUUUGUUGAAAUAAUAUGUGAAGGUAGUGGUUAUCAAACGUGGGUUCCUAAUAAAGGAGCCACUGAAAGACAAGAAUGGCCUACUUGGGCAUUAGUACUUAUAUUUAUUUUAAUAUUAGCAUCUGUACUUUGGAUACCGGCCGUUGCAAUAUUCCGAUAUUUCGGAAUUCAUAUUAUUGAUGACAAUGAAAAAGCAUGGUUCCCUGCUGAAGAUCUUAAAGAAUUUCAUGGUAUUGUACCCCAUGAAGUUACUGCAGCAGAGACAUUACUAUUUUGUAUCAGAGCUGAUGGCUCUGAAGGCCUAUGCUGCCCUACAGGAGGUCUUAAUGAUGAUGACGAUGAUAUAAAUAAUGGUAAUCUUACCUAGAAAGUUAUUUAACGAUAUAAAAAUCACAUCAGCAUCCCAUUAAAUGACAAUACAAAUACUUUUAAAUCAAGGUAACAUAAUUAUAA